AUGGAGGCUUCCAAUAGUAGAGUCCUUGCACUGAAUAUUCUAAAUGAACCAGGCAUCCUCGCAAGUGGUAUUCAUGUUCCAAAACUAAAAUCAUGUCCGAAAUGUUGCAAAGAAAUUUUAUCUGACCCGCCCCAAUCAAUUACCAUUCUAAGCUAUAAUCAUGUAUUUCAUAGAGCUUGUAUCGAGAAGGACUUUCUAUAUUCAGCACCAGGAGUAUCAAGGUGCCCUAUCCCCAGUUGCCAUAGAGACAUUGAAAAUAAAAGUGCGGAUACUAUAGAGGACUUAGAAUCUAAUGAAUGGACCUCUGAUAUGCCUGACAUCGCAGAGUUUCUCGACAACUCAACAUGUGAAAAUGAUAGCGAGCCAGUAUCGGAGACACAUAAUAGCGAGCUAGUGACAAAGACACAUAAUUUGCAUGUCACUACAUGGAUCAAAGAAAAACUUGACGCAAAAAAUAACGAUGAUCACGAAUUUAUGAAAACUUUGGGCUUACUCGAAGAACCUUUAGAGGUGGAGCAAGUUCAGUCAACAAUUCAAUCUAGUACGGACAAUGGGAAUAUUAAAGCCACUAAACAAGUGAUCUCUGCAAAGUUAGCUCUGAAUGAAGAACAAGAACAUAAUUCUUUGAAUAUGGAAUCUCAAGCAGUAUCACCGAUAGAGACACUACAUCACUCAAACACAAUAGUGUUUUCGGACCUGCCACAUUUUCGAAGACCUGCCAUUAGAUGGAAAUGA